GGGGCUAAGAACUGCUGAGUCACUGUGCUGACGUCACUGCGCUCCGCCUGACGCUGUCACGUGUCCAGCAGCGGGCAGCGUGCAGAGAGCAGGGCGUUUAUAUAUGAAGUGUAGCCCAACUCUGGGAGAAGCAGACUGGAUUGGCAUAAAGGACCUGUACCGGUGCACCUCGCUGUUAGUCCAUCACAGAGCACAAUUUUAUCGUCUAUUGUCAAGGCUUGCAGCCACUCAAUUCCUCAUCAAGCUUGUAAGCUCGUUAGCAUUUAGCAUUAUCUUCUGUUGUGGGGGCUUUGCAGGGCUAACUAGGUAUUAGCAGGUGAUGUGCAAGGGCCCCUUUUCUUUAUAUUGAUGCACAGUUAAGGUUACGGAUAAGGCACGCCGUCUAACCUGUUCGACUUCAGCUCGUUCAAUCGUUGAAGCAUCUUUAGUAAAUAGACCUGUGCUAGCCUUCGCUGGGACUGAAAGAAGCUAACUAGCCCAGACUCGCAGAGAGUUCAGAGCCUUACGUGCGAUGGGUUUGCUGUCUCAAGGGUCUCCACUCAACUGGGAACAAACCAAGAAGUAUGCCGACCACAUUAGAAAACACGGAAUUAUCCAGUUCCUCAACAUCUACAACAAGGUCAAAGAUCGUCAGAAAGAUGUGCUGAAAUGGGGUGAUGAGGUGGAGUACAUGUUGAUGGAGUGGGAUGACAAAGAUGAAAAGGUGAGGCUUGUCCUGAGAACGGCUGAAAUUUUGGAAACACUCCAGGAGCAGGGGGAAAAGACAAACCCAAAUCACCCAACCCUUUGGAGACCAGAGUAUGGCAGUUAUAUGAUUGAGGGGACGCCGGGACAGCCCUACGGUGGGACCAUGUCAGAGUUCAACACUGUGGAGGGUAACAUGGGCAAGAGGAGGCGAGAGGCGUCAUCUCUUCUCAAAGACAAUGAGACGCUCGCUACCAUCACAGCGUUUCCGAGAUUAGGUUGCCCAGGUUUUACCAGACCAGAGCAUGCACCAACCCCUGUUGAGAGAGGAGUCUCAAAGUCACUGUUUUUCCCCGAUCAAGCCAUCAAUGUACAUCCCAGAUUCAGUACCCUUACAAGAAACAUACGUCACAGAAGAGAAGAAAAAGUUGUUAUCAAUGUGCCUAUUUUUAAAGACAAGUGCACUCCAUCUCCUUUUGUGGAGACGUUUCCUGAGGACGACGGUGAAGCUGCCCGAGCAGCUCUGCCUGAUCAUAUUUACAUGGACGCCAUGGGCUUUGGGAUGGGCAACUGCUGCCUGCAGGUUACAUUCCAAGCUUGCAGCAUUGAUGAGGCAAGAUACCUUUAUGACCAACUCGCCACUUUCUGUCCUAUUGUGAUGGCUCUGAGCGCAGCAUCACCCUUCUACAGAGGCUAUGUGUCCAAUAUUGAUUGUCGCUGGGACAUUAUUUCAGCCUCAGUGGAUGACAGGACAGAGGAGGAACGUGGAUUAAAGCCUUUAAAAAACAACAAAUACAGAAUCUCAAAAUCGAGGUAUGACACAAUUGACAGCUACCUUUCAUGCUGUGGAGAGAAGUACAAUGACAUUAAAUUAAUAAUAGAUGAAGAGAUCUACAAUCAGCUGCUCAGUGCAGGUAUUGACAAGCUGCUGGCUCAACACAUUGCACACCUUUUCAUCCGAGACCCACUCUCUGUGUUCGAAGAGAAAAUUAACCUGGAUGAUGAAAAUGAGUCAGAUCACUUUGAGAACAUACAGUCAACUAAUUGGCAGUCAAUGAGGUUCAAGCCCCCUCCUCCUAACUCUGAAAUUGGCUGGAGGGUCGAGUUUCGCCCCAUGGAGGUCCAGCUAACAGACUUUGAAAAUGCUGCAUAUGUGGUGUUUGUUGUGCUGCUCACAAGAGUCAUUUUGUCUUACAAACUGGAUUUUCUAAUUCCCUUGUCAAAGGUGGAUGAGAAUAUGAAGGAGGCUCAGAAGAGGAAUGCAGUUAACGAGGGCAUGUUUUACUUCAGAAAGGACAUGUUCAAAGGCUGUAACCCAGUGCUUGAUGGUGCUGCUGCUACACAGAACGGCCUGGAGACCGGCGGCACUAACGAGGAGUACACACUGAUGAGCAUCGAUACCAUCAUCAAUGGAAAAGAAGGAGUUUUUCAAGGCCUGAUUCCUAUUCUGAACAGCUAUCUGGAAAAUAUGGAAGUUGAUGUUGACACCCGAUGCACCAUUCUAAAUUACCUGAAGCUUAUAAAGAAGCGUGCCUCAGGUGAGCUGAUGACCAUGGCCAAGUGGAUGAGGGAGUUUGUUGCCAACCACCCCCAGUACAAGCAGGACAGUGUUAUUACUGACAAGAUCAACUACGACCUGAUGAGAAAGUGUGACAGGAUCGUCAAGGGAGAGGAGCAGUGCCCCGAGCUUUUUGGCAACCCACUAAACAGGGUCAAAUAAGUCAAAAUAUACAUUAAAAUGGAAAAAGACCAAAUACAGGGCACAGAAUGACAGUGGUCCAAACAAGUGCAAAACUGUAUGUGUUAUGAAGAACAUGGCUGCAUAAAAUGUAUGUAAAUAUUUGCUUAUAUCAGAUUUUUAAAAUUCUACAAUUAUUUUAAUAGGGUUGGAACAUGUAUAAGGGUUGUGUAAUAGAAAUCAAAUGUGUAUUUAUUUUUCUCUGCAAAUUGAAGCCGCGUGAGAAUGUACAUGUAGAA